AUGUCUGCACUUAUCAGCGUGUACUCGUCUUGGCCGGAGAGCUUUGAGUGCUCAACGGGAGAUGGGGACGUGCCUGACGGACACGGCUCGCAAAGGACUCCCGCGGACAAAGCAUCGGAGCCGCGCAUCAGACGGCCCAUGAACGCGUUCAUGGUCUGGGCUAAAGAUGAGAGGAAGCGCCUGGCUGUCCAAAACCCAGACCUGCACAACGCAGAGCUCAGCAAGAUGCUGGGCAAGUCGUGGAAGGCCCUGACCCCUCUUCAGAAACGUCCCUACGUGGAGGAGGCCGAGAGGCUGCGCGUGCAGCACAUGCAGGACUACCCCAACUACAAGUAUCGCCCUCGUCGUAAGAAGCAGCUGAAGCGCAUCUGUAAGCGUGUGGACCCCGGGUUCCUACUGAGCAGCCUGGGGGGGCCGGAUCAGAAUGCCCUAACUGACUCCCGGAGCCUCUGUCUCCCUCUGGGUUUGGAUAAAGAAGGGGAUGGUGGGUUUUCAUCACGCUCUUCCCUCAGCCCGGUUAGAUCCUUAAGAGAUGUACCGUCCAGCAGCACCUACCCCUACGGCCUCCCUACCCCGCCUGAGAUGUCCCCUCUGGAUACGGCCCUGGACCACGACUACCCCUCCUACUACCCCUCCUCUUCUUCCUCCACUUCAUCCGUCUCAGAGGAGCGCCACCAGCACCAGCGUCAGGGUCAGGCCCCCGGAGGUGGAGGUGGUGGUGGAGGUCACAUGGGCCUGAGUCCUCCGCCCUACCACCCUGACUACACUCAGACACAGACUUCCAUCCACUGUGGCUCCCACUCCCACCUAGCCCACCUCUCCCACAUGUCCCAGGCUCAGUCCGGAGGCCUCAUCCCUGGGCAUCCUCUGUCCUACUACAGCCCAUCCUCAUGGUCCUCCCAGCUCCAGGUCCACCCGGGCCUCCAGCCCCACCAUCACCCCCACUUGGGGCACCUCUCCCCGGGUCACCACCACCAGCACCACCUGGGUCAGCUCUCUCCUCCUCCAGAGCAGAACCAUGACCAGAACCACGGUCAACUGGAGACACUGGACCAGCUGAGUCAGGUAGAGCUUCUAGGGGAGGUCGACCGUGAUGAGUUCGACCAGUACCUGAACUCGACCGCGGCAGGUGCGGCGGCAGCGGGGAUAGGGGUAUUCCACUCUGAACACGGAGGAGGAAUGACUGUGACGGGUCACAUUCAGGUGACGUCUGGGAGCAGCGUUGUCGCGGAAACCAGCCUGAUCUCCGUGUUAGCGGACGCCACGGCAGCGUACUACAACAACUACGGUAUCUCUUAGACGGGUCGUCGAGUUACCUGGUCACCGUGGCGACACCAACAGCUCCCGUCAUCACACCUGGAGACUGACCUGGGGGCCAUAAUGUGUCACGCGUCUCAGAGUAGGACUGUUGAUCUAGGAUCAGGUGUCUAUAUCCGUGUAAUCUUAUUAAAUUGUGAUCUAUAAGGCAAAAAACUUUGAGACGCUUGAUACCUAUGGCUCCUGGUAGGCUGAAGAUGGGUUGGGGGGGGGCGAAACCAGGACCAAUCAUAUAGCAAGAUGAUUGUUUGGGGCCAAGGAAAGAAACAAGAGGGUAUAAAUGAGAGAAAGAGAGAGAAGAUUGAAGGACACCUCAGGGAUGCUCAAAUAGAUCGACUAGUUCAUCGCUUCUAUCUGUCUGUUUCCAGAACUGAAUAACAGCUGGUCGGUUGGCGCUGUCAUUGUCCAGCUGUCUUAACGUGUUGCCAGUCGCUGUCUUAACGUGUUGCCAGUCGCUGUCUUAACGUGUUGCCAGUCGCUGUCUUAACGUGUUGCCAGUCGCUGUCUUAACGUGUUGCCAGUCGCUGUCUUAACGUGUUGCCAGUCGCUGUCUUAACGUGUUGCCAGUCGCUGUCUUAACGUGUUGCCAGUCGUUGUCUUAACGUGUUGCCAGUCGUUGUCCAGCUGUCUUAACGUGUUGUUGUAUAGCGUGUUGUACAGAUGCUGUCUUAUUGAAGCACUUUGAUGGUUCAACUAAAUGCUUUAAUUGUAUUGCUGUUAUUAUGAAUUCUUUCUGUUUGAACGUUUGUAUUAUUUGUUACCCGACAUUAGUUGGCGUUUUUUUUACCUCAAGUAGUGUGUAUUUAGAUGAGGAUUAAGAUGGUAAUUUCUUAUGCAGUUAUCGCAGACCACAUGGUUUUGGCCGCGUCUCAAAUGGCACUCUAGUCCCUAUACAGUGCACUACUUUUGACCAGGUACAACAGGGCUCUUGUCAAAACGAGUGUACUAGAAAGGAAAUACAGCGUCAUUUUGAGACGAAAGGAAAUAUCAUUAAGAAAAAUAUCUUAUAUACGUUCUUCUUUUCAAGUACUUAAUAUAUAAUCAUAAUCUUUACAAUGAAAAUAAUAAUUACUGUAUGCUGAUUUAGGUUUGUGAAUUAAUUUUAAAUAAAGUUCCACUUUCUAUAUUGACGUAUAUGUAACUUGGAUAUGCCCACACACAGACACAGACUAACACUGAGCAACUAGGCAACUAGAUUCAGCCUCGUGACAAUUUUUGUCGGAGCAAAUG